AUGGCCAACAUAAAUUGGCGCACGAUAAACGUCGACGCCUACGAUCCUGACUCCGCUUUGAACUUUCCUCUUUCCACUCUUCUCCCAGCCAACCUACCCGCACCCUCCACAUCCUCCGAGGCCGCACAAAUCGGCCAACAGGUCCGGCAACUGCUCCGCGCUGGUGACAGCUUAGGCGCUCUACAAUCGGCACUCGAAACUGCCCCUCUAGCGGGCGACGAGGGCGCAAAACAAGUCCACCUCACCACGGUCUUGGAGGUGCUACAAGGGAUUAGACAGAGCGAUGUCAGUCGGAUACUGACGGAGAUGCUGAAACAGCCGGGCGGAGCGGCGUUGGGGGAUACCUUGAUGAAGUACAUAUACAAGGGCAUGGCCAGCGGAAGCAGUACAACCAGUGGCAAGGGGGUGAGCCCGCAGGCGACUGGCACGGGCUUCAGUCAGAUUCAAUCGAGGAAUUUUGGAGAGGGUGGGGGUGGCCAGGUCAUGAGUGUGCUGCUGAGCUGGCAUGAGAAGCUGACGGAGGUGGUGGGCGUUGGUGGGAUUGUGAGGGUCAUGAGUGACCGACGAACGGUAUGA